AUGAAAAGAUGUGGCAGCGCAAUCCAGCGCUGCUUUCGCUUCGUCCUCUUUUUUUGCCCAUUUCUCCCAGCAGAUGCUUUGCGCCCGGAGAUGCAUUUGGAUUUGGAUGCGGAAAGUGGAGAUGAGAAGCAACGCAGCAGCACUGGCCUGGGUACAACGGUUCAGAUGCUGAUGCAAGCUGCCGACAGUUUCUUCAUGAGUGCGGACAUGGUGGCAGAACGCGCAGAGGCAGAAAACUACCACUUGGCCUUUGGGGUGUCCAGCUUGGGACUCGAACUCCAAGAUCGCUUCCGGAUGUUCGCAGUGACUCGCGCUUUUGAACUGGCAGGACGAGCGAAGAAUGAAGGUCACAGCAUGGAUUCAGAUCCUUCCUCUCCGCCGAAAAACAAAGAAGAAGAAACAAAAUCCAUCGUAGCAAAGUCCAUCGAAUUGAUGAAACCCGAUGCCAAUUUCAGCUGCCAAGACGAUCGAAAUUUGGAUCUUUGGCUCCGAGGAAUGAGAUCCGAGCUGGGUACAAGGAGAGCUCGGGGGACUGCACAACAUUUUCGCGCCCGCACGACGUUGAAGAACUAUUGCAACAUCCUGGAAAUUGUGAAGGACAAGGCCAGAAAUGUUCAGGUUGACAUGGAGGACGUGAGGCGCCUCCAAGAGGCAGCAAGUUCUGUUGGAGCAACCAGAAAGAUGGAAAAGCCCGAGCCUGUGCAGCGUGGUCCCAUGCAUCAAAGUGAAGAGGACAAGCGAAAUUGGCAUCGUGCAGAAGCGAUCCGGAAUCUGAACUGGAUCUCCAACUGGGAUGCUUCAGAUGUCAAUCUGUUGAAGGAGCUUCAUGUCAGGGUUGACUGGCUGACGGUCGAGCCUGAGACGACCAAGAAGCCAAGUGGGAAGGCAGGCCGCGUCAAAGAAAAGCUGCUUGAGGGUGCAAAGUUCGUCGGCAAGUACACAAAGGCAUAUCUGAAGAAAUUGGGCAAGAGCAGUACGCUCUUUUUUUCGAACUGCUGGAGCAGCUUCAAGCGUCAUCUUCGGAAUUCUGAGCGCCGCUGCGAGAGGGAAAAUGAAGAAGGUUCUAAAAAAGCUGCAAAGACGGCCGGACUUCCACACAGCACCAGCCAAAAGACCAUUUCCCAGAGAGCCCACAGAUUGUCAAGCAUGGAGGUUGGAGUCCUAAAGAAAGAACGCGGCAAAGUUGAGAAAGCCAUGGAUGUAGCGAUCCACGAUGCUGAUCUAGGUUCCCUUCCAGAAGACGAGGCAAAAGCGAAGCUAGGCACUGUUCGCCAAACAGCACAAGAACUUCACCAGCAAUUUGACAAAGGAGAGCUUGACCGGAUCGAUGAGGCCGAGGAGAUCAUCGACGAGGUCGAAGGCACUGUUUGCAAGACUCAACGAAAAUCAGCGUUCCAACGUUUGAAGGACGUGUUCCGAAAAUCGAAGGACUCUUUGAUGGCUGGCUUCAAGAUGACAGCGCCCAAUUUGGGCAUUCGCGGCGUUGGGAUGUCGGCGUCUGGCUUUGGUGGCGGACUGGAAGAGGUGGUGGACUUCCGAAAUCGAGAGAUUGCUCAGUUUCGGUGGGGUGCUGGCUUCUUUGGAGCUUCAGUGGGAGGAAUGGGCAUGGGCGGCUAUGCGGGAAUCGGCUGGAAAGGAUAUAAAGAGAACUGGACUUUGCAAGAGGCCCAAGUCACAGGCCUUUGGACUUCCAAGGGUUUGACACCAUCCAUCUUCGGGAUCAAUGCAGGUCUAAGCGUCACCUUCGGGACUGAUGCGGACAAUUCAGUCCCAGGCCCAUGGGUGCCUGAGCCACAUGGCAUGAGCAGCGUGCUAUUGGGCUGGAGCGUCGGGGCUAGCAUCACAAAGGCGGUGGUGCCAAUUUCAGUGGACUUUGGCGCAUCCUACUGUUGGUACCUAAACUCGGAGUGCUUCGAAUCCUUGGAGGAGUUCAUCAAGUACUUGUGGCUCCCGCUUUGCAAGGAUUGUCAAGGAACAAGCGAGCGUGCCAUCGUUUCUGGCUUGCGCUUUGGGAUUCACGCGCCCAGCUUUCCAAUCAUCAGUGAAAUGGCCUUUUCUGUCAUUGCAGCCUUGUAUGACCGGCGUGUUCGUGAGACUGACUACAAGCCAGAAUGCUCACCGGGCAGUGUGACAACCAGAAAGGAUCCGGCGCACCUUAUCCGCCAAAUUGGAGAUUUGAUGUUUACCAACGCACGGCUGCUGGAAGACUUGGUCAGCAAAUGGGAUGUCUUUGUCCACGAGAUGAGCAUGGCCGAGGCGUACAACCCUGACAUGGAGAAGUCCAAGGAGUAUAGGAAAUGGCUGAAGGCGGACGCGGGAGCGGACGCGGGAGCUCAAGCUGCAACUACAGAAUUUCAAGCGUGUCCAAAGCAGGGCCCCAUCUCAGAAAUCUCGAGCGACACGAUGGACGUGUUCAAGGAGAUGACUGACGAUGAGUUGCAUGGCCUGUGCAAGACUUACAAGAAGCAGUUUGGCUUGGAACUCUUCUGCGACGCUCCGGGCCAGACCCGCCAGAGCCUAGAGGAACGGCUCUUGAUCUAUGACAAUCUGAAAGAAGGAUGGCUUUCAACUCAGGACUUGCAAAAGUUGAUGAUGGCGCUUCGAUCUACGUCAAUUGCAGGCAAAAUCUUUGCAGAGAGAAGGCACGAGUGCCUUCACAACGACACCACCAAGAUCCUAUCGUCGGUGGACGCCCGCGUGUACGUUUACCGAUGCAUGCCGUCUCUUGAAGGCUUGAAAGUUUUAGAAUCGAAAGCAACUGACAAACAGAUGCUCAGACUAUGCGAGCUUAAGGGGCUUCAAUGCAGCUCAGAGACCAACGUGGUUUGGAAAAAGGCAUGUAAAGUCUGCGACACCAGAGCGAUUCGGAAGCUUCAAAAGUUCUGUGCCAAGUGCGGCAAGAAGGAGAUCGACAAGCACGGCAUGGCCACGAAGAUUUUGCAGGUUUUUGGUGGUGGCUUCAUUGAGCCUGCUGGGCCAAACAACCCCUUUGGCUCUUGCGAGAGGACGGAGGAUUGUUGGAUGCCCAACACCGAGUGCAUCGGAAAUGAAGGCAGCAAGGUCUGUUCCUGCAAGGCCGGCACUUGCUUCAACCUCGUGAAGAACAUCCGGAAUUGGAAAGACAACACGGAUAUGUUCCCGAUCUGUCAGGCUGAAUCAAGCGCUUGGAGAGAGAUUGUGGCGGGAAUGAAGCGUAGCUUCUUGAUCUAUCGCUACACUCUGGGACUGAUGGCCAGCCAAAUCAAAGCGCUGCCCAAAAAUUGAUGGCAACCUGUGGUGGCUGACAGGGUCAGUCCAUGUAUUCCACGUCUGCCUGUUGGCUAAAUGCCAGAGGCAAAAAUGGCCAAAAAAUCGGCAUCGCUUCAUGGAGUUUCCAGCUGCGACAAAAGGG